UCUCAGAGCUUUCCUGAAGUUUUAGGAUCAACAAUAUCUCAUGAUUCUCCGAUUAUUGAAAACAUUCAUCACAUUACAACAAAACAAGAGCCUGGAACUUUUGUUCUCAUAUCAACGGAGCACAGUUAAGCGAUACAGCUGUUUAUUACUGCAUCAAAGAAAGACAGCGCAAGAUGACAUUUUUGAAAGGAACUUUUCUUCAAGUCAAAGGACCUGACCCAGGCAUCACUGGUGUCACUCAAGACUCUUUGUCUAAUCCCGUCCAUCCAGGAGACCCAGUGACUCUGCAGUGUUCAGUCCUCUCUAAUUCUGAGAACAGAACAUGUACAGAAGAUCACAGUGUGUACUGGUACAGAACCAAACCAGAUGAGUCUCAUCCAAGUUUAAUUUAUAGUCAAGGAAACAAUAGUUAUGACUGUGAGCGGAGUCCUGAGGCUGCCUCCCAACAGAAAUGUGUCUACAGCUUCUCCAGGAACGUCAGCUCGUCUGAUACAGGAACUUAUUACUGUGCUGUGGCCACAUGUGGAGAGAUACUGUUUGGAAAUGGAACAAAACUGAAUAUCGAAGUUCCAGUUGUCCGUCAUUGGGAUUUGACCAACACAGUUCUCAUUCUGCUAUGUGUUGCUCUCAGCAUAAGCCUGAUUGUCAUAGCCUUCCUCAUUUAUACCAUCAAAGAAAAAAACAAAACCUCGGCUGCUGUUUCUCUACAAACAAAUACAGAGUCAACUAGGACAGAACAUCAAAUUCAUAAAAGACACGAGGACUCAUUGACUUAUGCUGCGCCAACCUUUAUCAAGAGAAACACUCGCAAAUCAGAGAGAAGGAACACGAGAGCAACAGAGACAAUGUGUAUUUACUCUGAUGUCAGAGCUUUUGAGUGUGGAAAAAGUGAUGCUUAAGCAAAGCUUGUAUUUCAUCUCCCUUUCAUCUUCACUUUGGACUGAUAUUUAAUAUUGGCAUGCCCAGAUUUCAUUCACUGAGUCUGGAUAUUAAAAGCAGAAGAGAAAAACAUUCAAAUGAUGAAUAUGUGAAAAUAAGUCCAGUAAGUCAUCAAACACAAAAUGUGCUUUGGAACAACUACAACACAUCAAAUCUUUGUAUUUUUAAUUCAUGUCCCAUUUUCUUCACUUUUUUUGUUUUGCUUUGUGACAACUGUAACAGAGAUACAAAACACUGCACAGAAAGUUCUAAUGUACCAUUUUGUUGUGUGAGCACUUUGUAUCUUUCAGCUGUUUAUGUCAGGUGCUCAGAAAACAACUAUGUUGCACCUGUUUGGACCUGUUUGGUUUGUGAUUCAAGUUUUUCUCUGUCACCCAACAUGAAAUGCUUUUUAUGUAUGUUCUGUAGGAUCUUGCAGAAGCUUUAUUAAAACACUCAAAUUAUAUCUGAAGCUUGGUUUCUCAGAUUUCCACCACAGAUUGUAAUUAAUUUGUAUAUAUGAGAAGUAACUUUACAUUAAUAAAUACAUAUAACGCCCACAGCUUUCCUGUUGCAAAGUAAUGCUAGUGUGAUGCUAGUCUGUUAAUGUGCAACACAAGAGCUCUGAAAAUGGAUUUAAUUAAAUACAUCCAACAUAAAAUGUAAGUAAAACACAAAAUUCUGUUUUAACUUUGAUAGUACAACAUUUAAAUGAGUCAUUUUCAUCUAUUCUCUUACGAUUGAACCAUUACUCCGUAUACUAAGGCAAUAUAAAUAUUCCCUUUAAAAUCACACACACAUUUUUCUUUCUUUAUUCAGCUGAGUUCACCUGUUUAAAAACAGCACAAACGAACUUAUCUUAUUCAAUUCAUUUAUACUUUGGAACUGAGCCUGACUUGAUUUUCUGAUUUGUCUGACUAAAGCUAGCUAACUGACUUCAAUAAGCUGACAACUAACCAGAGUUGAACCGCAGGAGGGAGCUAAAAAAAGUGCAAACUCUUACUCCUACAGGCAUUCCCAUUCAUCAUUGAGUGAUCCCUUGUG